CCCUAGGCAACCUGAGGAAGACAGAGCAGAGACACUUUCCAUACCAACCUUUCAGGAGAUUCUCUCAAAGUAACCAACAUCAGAUCUCAGGAUGGGGGAUGCCUUGAUGGCAGAGUUUGGGGCAGCAGCUCCUUUUCUGAGGAAGUCAGACAAGGAACGUCUGGAGGCCCAGACUCGUUAUUUUGACAUGAAGAAGAACUGCUUUGUGCCUGACCCAGAGGUUGAGUACGUCAAGGCACUAAUAAGCAGUAGAGAUGGGGACAAAGUCACUGUUGAAACUGAGUUUGGGAAGACAACAACACAUAAGGAGGAUGACAUCCAUCCCCAGAACCCGCCAAAGUUUGAUAAAAUUGAGGACAUGGCGAUGUUCACCUUCCUGCACGAGCCUGCUGUGCUGUUUAACCUCAAAGAGCGUUAUGCAGCCUGGAUGAUCUACACCUACUCAGGACUGUUCUGUGUGACUGUCAACCCCUACAAGUGGCUGCCAGUGUACGAUCAGUCAGUUGUCAAUGCUUACAGAGGCAAGAAGAGGAGUGAAGCUCCUCCUCACAUCUUCUCCAUCUCUGACAAUGCCUACCAGUACAUGCUGUCAGACAGGGAAAAUCAAUCUGUACUGAUCACUGGAGAAUCCGGUGCAGGAAAGACUGUGAACACCAAGAGAGUCAUCCAGUACUUGGCCAGCAUUGCAGCUGUUGGUGGAAAGAAGGAUGCCGCACAGGAGAAAAAGGGCACCCUGGAGGAUCAAAUCAUCCAGUGUAACCCUGCCCUGGAGGCUUUUGGUAAUGCCAAGACCAUCAGAAAUGACAACUCCUCCAGAUUCGGAAAAUUCAUCAGAAUUCAUUUUGGAGUGAGUGGGAAGCUUUCAUCCGCAGACAUUGAAACUUAUCUCCUGGAGAAGUCACGUGUCACUUUCCAGCUCAAGGCUGAGAGAGACUACCACAUCUUCUACCAGAUCCUGUCUCAACAGAAGCCAGAACUGUUGGAUAUGCUGCUUAUCACCACCAACCCCUAUGAUUACGCCUUCAUCUCCCAAGGAGAGAUUACUGUAACAUCCAUUGUUGAUUCUGAUGAGCUGGUUGCUACUGAUGAAGCCUUUGAUGUGCUGGGGUUCACCCAAGAGGAAAAGAACGGCAUUUACAAGAUGAUUGGUGCCAUCAUGCACAUGGGCAACAUGAAGUUCAAGAACAAGCAGAGGGAAGAGCAGGCAGAGCCAGAUGGCACUGAGGAUACCGACAAAGUGGCGUACCUGAUGGCCUUGAACUCUGCUGACCUGAUCAAGGGUCUCUGCCACCCAAGGGUCAAAGUAGGAAACGAGUGGGUCACCAAAGGUCAAAGUGUCCAGCAGGUGUACUACUCCAUUGGUGCUCUGUCCAAGUCAGUGUAUGAGAAGAUGUUCCUGUGGAUGGUGAUUAGAAUCAACCAAUCCCUGGACACCAAGAACGCUCGCCAGCAUUACAUUGGUGUGCUGGACAUUGCAGGCUUUGAGAUCUUUGAUUUCAACACCUUUGAACAGCUGUGCAUCAACUUCACUAAUGAGAAGCUGCAGCAGUUCUUCAAUCACCACAUGUUUGUGCUGGAGCAAGAAGAGUACAAGAAAGAAGGAAUUGUUUGGGUGUUCAUUGACUUUGGCAUGGACUUGGCAGCCUGCAUUGAGCUUAUCGAGAAGCCCAUGGGUAUCAUGUCCAUCCUUGAAGAGGAGUGCAUGUUCCCCAAAGCCAGUGAUGCUACAUUCAAGGCCAAGCUGUAUGACAACCACCUGGGAAAAACUGCCAACUUCCAGAAGCCCAGGAUUAUAAAAGGUCGACCAGAGGCCCAUUUCUCCCUGGUUCACUAUGCUGGUAUCGUUGACUACAACAUUGGUAACUGGCUGGUGAAGAACAAGGACCCUCUGAAUGAGACUGUGGUCGGACUCUUCCAGAAAUCAAGUCUUAAGAUGUUGGCUGUGCUUUUUACUGGCUAUGCUGGUGCUGACGCUGCUGCUGAGUCUGGAGGAGGAAAGAAGAAGAAAGGCUCCUCUUUCCAGACAGUGUCUGCUUUGCACAGGGAGAACCUGAACAAACUCAUGACCAACUUGAGGUCUACUCACCCCCACUUUGUGCGUUGCCUCAUCCCCAACGAGACCAAGACUCCUGGGGCCAUGGAGAACCCUCUGGUCAUGCACCAGCUGCGCUGUAACGGUGUGCUGGAAGGCAUCAGAAUCUGCAGGAAGGGAUUCCCCAACAGGAUUCAGUACGGUGACUUCAAACAAAGAUACCGCAUCCUAAACCCAAAUGUUAUCCCUGAGGGAGCGUUUAUGGACAACAAGAAGGCAGCAGAAAAACUGCUGGGUAGUCUGGACAUUGACCACGAGGAGUAUAGAUUAGGACACACUAAGGUGUUCUUCAAGGCUGGUCUGCUGGGUGUUCUUGAGGAGAUGAGAGACGACCGUCUCUCUCUCAUCAUCACAGGGCUCCAGUCCAGAGCACGUGGUGUACUAGCCAGAAAUGAGUUCCAGAAAAUUGUAGAUCGCAGGGAUGCCCUGCUUGUGAUCCAGUGGAACAUCCGUGCCUUCAUGGGGGUCAAGAAUUGGCCCUGGAUGAAGAUGUUCUUCAAGAUCAAACCUCUGCUUGUCUCAGCCGAGACUGAGAAAGAGAUGGCCAACAUGAAGGAAGAGUUUAUAAAACUUAAAGAAGCUUAUGCUAAAUCUGAAGCCCGUAGGAAGGAGCUGGAAGAGAAAAUGGUCUCCCUUGUCCAGGAGAAGAAUGACCUUCAACUCGCAGUCCAAACUGAACAAGACAGUCUGGGAGAUUCUGAGGAGAGGUGUGAGGGAUUGAUCAAGAGCAAGAUCCAGCUUGAGGCCAAAUCCAAGGAGCUGACUGAAAGACUGGAGGAUGAGGAGGAGAUGAAUGCAGAGCUUACUGCUAAGAAGAGGAAGCUGGAGGAUGAGUGUUCAGAACUCAAGAAAGACAUUGAUGAUCUGGAACUCACUCUGGCCAAAGUGGAGAAGGAGAAGCAUGCCACGGAGAACAAGGUUAAAAACCUGACUGAGGAGAUGGCAGCUCUGGAUGAAAUCAUCGCCAAGCUGACCAAGGAGAAGAAAGCUCUCCAGGAGGCUCACCAGCAGACACUGGACGACCUUCAGAGUGAGGAAGACAAAGUCAACACUCUGACCAAGGCCAAAACCAAGCUGGAACAGCAGGUUGAUGAUCUUGAAGGUUCUCUGGAGCAAGAGAAGAAGGUAAGAAUGGACCUUGAGAGAGCCAAGAGGAAGCUGGAGGGAGACCUGAAGUUGACCCAGGAGAGCCUAAUGGACCUGGAGAACGACAAACAGCAGAUGGAGGAGAGACUGAAGAAGAAGGACUUUGAGAUAAGUCAACUCAGCAGCAAGAUUGAGGAUGAGCAGGCCAUGGGUGCACAGCUUCAGAAGAAACUGAAGGAGCUGCAGGCCCGUAUUGAGGAGCUUGAGGAAGAGCUGGAGGCUGAGAGAGCUGCCCGUGCCAAGGUUGAGAAGCAGAGGGCAGACUUGUCCAGAGAGUUGGAGGAGAUCAGUGAGAGGCUGGAGGAGGCUGGUGGAGCCACUGCUGCCCAGAUUGAGAUGAACAAGAAGAGAGAGGCAGAGUUCCAGAAGGUGCGCAGAGACCUUGAAGAGGCUACUCUGCAGCAUGAGGCUACAGCUGCCACUCUGAGGAAGAAGAAUGCAGACAGUGUGGCCGACCUGGGGGAGCAGAUUGACAACCUUCAGAGAGUGAAGCAGAAGCUGGAGAAGGAGAAGAGUGAGCUCAGGCUGGAGCUGGACGAUGUGGUCUCCAACAUGGAGCAGAUUGUCAAGUCCAAAACAAACUCUGAGAAAAUGUGCAGAACCCUUGAAGAUCAGAUGACUGAAUACAGGACUAAAUCUGAGGAGGGACAGCGAUCCAUCAAUGAUUUCACCAUGCAGAAAGCAAAGCUUCAAACUGAAAAUGGUGAACUUGCUAGGCAACUGGAGGAGAAGGACUCCCUGGUUUCCCAACUGACCAGAGGAAAACAGUCCAACGUUCAGCAGAUUGAGGAUCUCAAAAGACAACUGGAGGAGGAAGUCAAGGCAAAGAAUGCUCUAGCCCAUGCAGUGCAGUCUGCUCGCCAUGACUCAGAGCUGCUGAGGGAGCAGUAUGAGGAGGAGCAGGAGGCCAAGGCUGAGCUGCAGCGCAGCAUGUCCAAGGCUAACUCUGAGGUGGCUCAGUGGAGAACCAAGUAUGAAACUGAUGCCAUCCAGAAGACCGAGGAGCUGGAAGAGGCCAAGAAGAAGCUGGCUCAGCGUCUGCAAGAUGCAGAAGAGGCUGUGGAAGCUGUCAAUGCUAAAUGUUCCUCCCUGGAUAAGACUAAACACAGACUCCAGAAUGAGAUUGAAGAUCUCAUGGUGGAUGUGGAGAGAUCCAAUGCUGCUGCUGCUGUUCUGGACAAGAAGCAAAGAAACUUUGACAAGGUCCUGGCAGAGUGGAAGCAGAAGUAUGAGGAGUCCCAGACUGAGCUGGAAAGCGCCCAGAAGGAGGCCAGAUCCCUCAGCACUGAGCUGUUCAAACUGAAGAACUCCUAUGAAGAGUCUCUGGAUCAUCUGGAGACCAUGAAGAGGGAGAACAAGAACCUCCAAGAGGAAAUUUCUGACCUGACUGAGCAACUUGGUGAGGGUGGAAAGACCAUCCAUGAGUUGGAGAAGAUUCGUAAACAGCUGGAGCAGGAGAAGGCUGAGAUCCAGACUGCUCUGGAGGAAGCUGAGGGCUCCCUGGAGCACGAGGAAGGCAAGAUUCUCAGAGCUCAGCUGGAGUUCAAUCAGGUCAAAGCUGACAUUGAGCGCAAACUGGUGGAGAAGGAUGAGGAGAUGGAAAUGGCCAAGAGAAACCAGCAGAGAGUGGUGGAUACCCUGCAAAGUUCCCUGGAGUCUGAGACUCGCAGCAGGAACGAGGCUCUCAGGCUGAAGAAGAAGAUGGAGGGAGACCUCAAUGAGAUGGAGAUCCAGCUCAGCCAGGCCAACAGGCAGGCAGCCGAGGCCCAGAAGCAACUCAAGGGCCUCCAUGCACAUAUGAAGGACUCCCAACUGCAGCUGGAUGAUGCUCUUCGUAGCAAUGAUGAUCUGAAGGAGAACAUUGCCAUUGUGGAGAGACGUAGCAAUCUGCUGCAGGCUGAACUGGAUGAGCUGAGGUCCAUGGUGGAGCAGACUGAGAGAGGCCGCAAACUGGCUGAGCAGGAACUGCUGGAUGUCAGUGAGAGGGUUCAGCUGCUACACUCUCAGAACACCAGUCUGCUGAACCAGAAGAAGAAGCUAGAGGGUGACACUUCCCAGCUUCAGAAUGAAGUGGAGGAGGCUGUGCAGGAGUGCAGGAAUGCUGAGGAGAAAGCCAAGAAGGCCAUCACUGAUGCUGCCAUGAUGGCAGAGGAGCUGAAGAAGGAGCAGGACACCAGUGCUCACCUGGAGCGCAUGAAGAAGAACAUGGAGCAGACCAUCAAGGACCUGCAGCACCGUCUGGAUGAAGCUGAGCAAAUCGCCAUGAAGGGUGGCAAGAAGCAGGUCCAGAAGCUGGAGGCCAGGGUGAGGGAGCUGGAGACAGAGGUGGAGUUGGAGCAGAGGAAGAGCAGUGAUUCAGUGAAAGGAGUCCGUAAAUAUGAGAGACGCAUCAAGGAGCUCACCUACCAGACUGAGGAGGACCGUAAGAACUUGAGCCGUCUGCAAGACCUGGUGGACAAACUGCAGCUGAAGGUCAAGUCCUUCAAGAGAACUGCAGAGGAGGCUGAGGAACAGUCCAACUCUAAUAUGGGAAAGUUCCGUAAAAUUCAGCAUGAGCUGGAUGAAGCAGAGGAGAGGGCUGACAUUGCUGAGUCCCAGGUCAACAAGAUGAGAAGCAAGAGUCGUGAUGUAGGAUCAAAGAAAGGACAUGAUGAAGAGUGAAGCUCUCAGAUGGACGUCUUUACAUCUUGAAACUGUUUUAGUAAUUUAGCCUUCCCUUUGUUCUUCAUGCAUCUGAAACUGUACAGAAUAAAGAGUAUCAAUGGAAA